AUGGCAGCGUUCGGCGCUGAAGUGGAUCUGGUCAACAGCCCUUCUGGUCGCAUCACAGCAGACUUGAUUCCAUCGAUGAUAGAACGUGCAAGGACGAUUGCUCAGGGCGACACUUACUAUCCCACCGACCAAUUCAACAACGCUGACGCUUAUGUUGGCUACAAAGCACUCGGGCUGGAGCUGGUUCAUCAAUUUCCGAACGGCAUUGACGGGUUCUGCGCAGCCGUUGGUACAGCUGGUAUGAUCAUGGGCGUGUCGAAAAUUUUGAAGGAACGGUGGCCAAAAACUUAUGUUCGAAUCCUUGAGCCAGCAACUGCGCCCACUAUUACCGAGGGGCGGAGUGGUGUGCAUGGCGUUGAGGGCAUAGGAAUUGGAUACAUGCCGCCUCUUCUCGAGAAGGACCUCUAUGACGACGCACGCGCAGUCCCGGAGGACGAAGGUCGUGCAAUGUGUCGACGUCUUGCGAAGGAGGAAGGACUCCUUGUCGGUACAUCCACCGGUCUCAACGUGACAGCUGCCAUUGCGCUAGCAAAGCAACUGGGAUCCGACAAGACGGUAGUAACGGUCGCGUGCGAUACGGGACUUAAGUACAUGCAUAGAGAUCUGUAUGAGUAA